AUGCGCCCAGUCAUCUCCAGCGGAAUUACCGUUUACUCGGAUCCCUUUACAGAUACCCUAUCAUGCACCUGUUCUAACGAGCAUCUUGAUCGUCCUUGGCUCCAGUGCGAUGAUCAUGGUUGCUGUAUGAAGACCGCCAAAAUGAAGUGGUGUCCUGACAUCCACGAAUGCAAUGAGGUUAUCGAGCUUCAUCGCUAUGUCCAGGCUCGACCCCGGCGGCGAAACAUCUGGAAGACAAGCACCAGCUCGAUCUGGAGCCUGCCUCCCGCCCAGGACGAACCUGAGAGCUGGGCUCCAGUCCUGGAUGUGACCGAUCUUCUCUUUCCCACGGGUAUACCACACAUGGAGAGCAUCUCGCCGCACCUCAAUGGGGCUGUUGGCAAUCUCCUGCAUGUAGGUCGUCUCAUCGUCGCCCUAGAAGCUAAACUGGCUCAGCUCCUUGACGAUAUUCAGAUUCGCCGGGAGAUGCACAAUGCUUUUCACGGUGUGCAGUGUGAGCGCGUACUUAACGACUGGGGGUGCAGAGCCCGAGGCCCUAUUGAGGCUGGUGAGGCAAUGAUCGACCAGAUGUCCAAGACAGUUGCGGCUCAAAGUGAGUUGUUCCACGCAAGUUGGCAAUUGGUUCAGGAGAUCCUACGAGACCAUGAGGACAAGUCAGCUUUGGUAAAUGAGCUUACCGUAAAGAAGCUCCAGGUUGUCAGGGACGAUGCUGAGGACCGAGGCUACUGGCACGGUUCCUGA